CUAAAAACGCAGUCUCUCUCUCUUUUGGUGAUGGUGAUUGCUACCUCAUCGAACAAACAGUUCAGCAAAAUCGGACUAUAUACUCUAAUACUUUCGGGUCUUCACCUAGCAAGCAAGCUAGCUUCAGUUCGAUAACAGAAAGAAAUGUCUGAUGCUUCAAAAUCUUCGUUGUUCUCUUCAGAUACUGUGAAAGAUAUAUUCCUAUGGAGGAGAAAGAAGCUGAGCUUAUUGGUUCUUAUAGUCGCAACAGCUGCAUGGGUAUUGCUCGAUAUCUAUGAAUUCAACUUUAUUACUGCUGCUUCAUGGGCAGCCAUGGUUAUUGUCAGUUCACUGUUCCUCUAUGGCAACUUGUUUAGGCUUUUUCGCAAAGAAGAGCCAAAUUUGUCUGGUUUGGAAGUUUCAGAGCAGACAGCGAUCGAUACUGCAAAAUCAUUGAAGGAAAUGAUUGAAGGAGGGAUUCGAUGGAUGUUCCAGUCGAGUACUGUGGAGAGAGACUGGUUUGUUUUCGCUCGGGUAGUUGCUGUAUUGUGGCUGCUUUCUCGUGCAGGGAACUGCGUCGAUCUCUUAACACAAGUAUACAUAGGUAUAUCGGUGGGGAUGACAGUUCCAGUAAUUUAUAUGAAGAAUAAGGAAAGGAUAAAGAGGUGUGAAGAGUGGAUGAAAAAGCAGGCAAGAAGAUUUUCUGAGAUGGUGGACGACAAGGUGUUGAGGAAAGUGAAGAACAAGUUGCAUGGGGUGGCUGAUGUUGAAGUAAAGGAGAGGAAGGUUGAAUAGAUGUACUGUGUGUACUGUUCAAUGCGAUCUCUCCUUGUACGCGCUGUAAAUUAGUGCUACUUUAGCAGAGUACUACUGCAAAAAACCAUUGCUAAUGAAUUUCCUUUUUCCAAGCUUAA